UGUUUGUAAUAAAUACAGUGGAAUUAUGCCCAAAACGCUCUGUUUUAAUUUUCAGUUUAGUGACUUCAACCUCAUUGAUUUCAUGCUCAAACGCCCACUAAACACUUAGGCAAACUGUGUGCGGGUAAAAAAUAGUAUAUUCGUAUAAAUCCCAAAAAGUAGCAGGAAAUUACACUGAAUGAUCCUGCAAAUGAAUGGAUCUUGAAAUUAUAAGGCCCAUGUUGUAUAUCAUAGGCCCAUUUCUGUCUCUGGACCCCAAAGUCCCGAAUAAAUUGCCACACUGCGAAACGGGUCAGGGUCAGGGUCGGGUUUCGAGCUGGUUCCAUGGAAGAGGACGACGGGAGGAGAGAAGCUGCCAUCGCAUCAGCACCAUCUCUACAACCCAAUUUCACCAAUAAAAAUGGUGUCAACCAUGCUCAAAUUUCCAAAUUUCAAGAGUUGCAUCAAAGACGCUUAAAAAUAAAAGCAAAAUCUAAGGUCAAGGAUAAAUCAAAAGGAACUCUUGUCUCCACUAAAAAGUAUAAUGGUGAAGAUGUCAAUGCUAAAAGCAAGGAAAUCAUGGAUGGAAAAUCAAUAGAAACAGCUAAAGAUCCGAGAAUUACUUUGUCAAUAAGCAGUACAACGGAUCUUUCAUCCUCUCAAGAAGACAACACACUGUCAAGAAAGCGGCAGAAGUUGCAUUGGGGGCUCGACACCAAGGAGAGAUGGGAAAGGAAAUCCAAUAUGUAGAGUAAUCAGCAUCUGAAUAUGGAAUGCUGCUACCUUGCUAGACAGCUCCAAGGAAGGCAGCGUCUUUGAUCUACAAGUCAUCAUAAUUGAUCUAUUAUGAAUUGAGAUGAUGUCUGACUAAAUCAUCUAAGCUUGUAAUCCCAAGCUUAAGAGUGAAGAUGUACAUUGAUUCCCAGGUUUAUGAGGAGAUGGGAACUAAGCCUCAGCUAAGGGUAGCUGCUAAAUAACUUGAUUCUUAUAGGCUUGGCCCUUUUACUUGUAAAUGCACUUGUUUCAUUUGUGAAGUAAUACUAAUUUUUUUUCUUGCAAGAAGGAAAAAAGAACAUGUAGUUUAGAAAUUACAGCAAAGGAGACGAGUUUGUUAAAUGUCAUGGCUAAAAGCAUAUUUUUUCUCCA